AUGCCCCUUACCCUGGGAUCCCAUGCUACUGCCCUAGGAGCUCAACACAUCCUGUGUUCAUGUCCUCAGCUGGGUUGUUCACAAAAGAUGAUUGAGUACAUGGGGCAAGUCCAUCAAGGCCAAUUGUUCAGUCGCACAAGUUAUCCAAGUCACCUAGCCGCAAUCAACAGACUAUUGGAAGCCACCACACCACUUCCAACCCCCAGCAACCAACCUUCUCCACCAAACCAACCACCUACUUUUGGCCAGCCCUACACUUUGAUGGCCUCCACUCCCAAUCACCCAGUUGCUUCCACCAGUCAUGCACCCCCACAGCCCACUUUCCCGCCAAUUGGAGCUGCAAUGCCAUCAGGACCAACAAACGACCUAGAGAUGAUCAAGACGAAGGAAUUAUUUUGGUACCUCGGGACCUGA